GGGAUUGAGUUAUGGGGGUGUUCAGAGGCUUCUAGGUUUUGUGCAGACUGUGGGAACAUUUUCAGAGGUUCUAUAUUGACUGAUGGAGCCAGGGCCUUGGCUAAGCAUGUCAAUAGGAGCAGCAAUAAAUAUUGGGGUACCUUUUGUGGAAGUGAUUCCAAUAAAAAUAGGCUUGCAGUGGAUAUCAUUCGUCAUUUACUAGUUCAUUGUUGCUGGCUGAAUAUGCAUAUUGUUCCACCUCAUGGGCUUGUCUUUGAGAUUAGGGUUGCUGAUGAUUAUGGUGCACGGUGGUCUGUAGAUGGAACUAAGUUCAUAGGAUUUGUUGAGCCAUAUAUGGAGGAGGGCCACUCAAAGGGAUGGAAGCACUGAAUUUUCUCAUGGAUGCUUCCUCUGCAUGUUAGCGAGUGCAUUCUCUUUUAAGGUGUCCGUGCUCAUUUUUUCAUUGUGUGAACAUCUUAGCUCUCUUCACAAAAUUAAAACUCUGGUCCCUGUCACAAUGCCGCUAUGAUGCCAUCUUUUCAGUGCUGAAAGUGAAAAUGUUAGAAAAGGUCUCAAAUAAUACCAUAUCCGAUUUAUGGUUAUAUGUUAAAUGUUAAAUGCACUAGCAGGUUAAGGUAAAAAUUCUUCACUGGUGACAACUGACAAGUUAUGUAACGUCCCAAAAAUCCACCUUUGAAUGCAUUAACUAUUUAUACAAUAUCUAGCCAUGAGAGCAUAUUAAAGUAUCAUUAAAUAAAUAAAAU